CCCGGUAGGCUCUAUUAUUAAGUGGAGCCUGAACCAUGGUAUGCUGAUUGCUCAAGCAUUGGACAAAAACCUCACCAACCCCGGACCGGACGCCACCCGGUUCAACCAAACAUCUUAGUCCUUUUCCUUUCACUUUACCGGUUCAAACCGGUCUUUUCCUUCCUUAUAUUGACCACUCUCCUACACCCAUUUUGACAAGCCCAAUUAACUUUCCACACAGAGCAGAAGCUGAGAAGGGAGAAAGAAAAGGGUACAAAAUACAAGAUUAUAGCAAUGGCAAACAACGGUGAUCAGAGUCAAACUGAAGCUGGAAGGCACCAAGAGGUUGGUCACAAGAGCCUUCUGCAGAGUGAUGCUCUCUACCAGUAUAUUCUAGAGACCAGUGUCUACCCAAGAGAACAUGAAGCAAUGAAAGAGUUGAGAGAGUUGACAGCAAAGCAUCCAUGGAACAUCAUGACAACCUCUGCAGAUGAAGGGCAAUUCUUGAACUUGCUCCUUAAACUUAUCAAUGCCAAAAACACCAUGGAAAUUGGUGUCUACACUGGGUACUCCCUGCUUGCCACUGCCCUCGCUCUUCCUGAAGAUGGAAAGAUCUUGGCCAUGGACAUUAACAGGGAGAAUUACGAACUUGGUUUGCCUGUAAUAAAAAAAGCUGGUGUUGCCCACAAAAUUGAUUUCAGGGAAGGCCCUGCUCUCCCAGUUCUCGAUGAAAUGAUUAAAGACGAAAAGAACCUUGGUAGCUUCGAUUUUAUCUUUGUGGAUGCGGACAAGGACAAUUACCUCAACUACCACAAGAGGUUGAUUGAGCUUGUCAAGGUUGGAGGGGUGAUCGGGUACGACAACACCUUGUGGAACGGGUCUGUGGUGGCACCCCCAGAUGCUCCUCUUAGGAAGUAUGUUAGGUAUUACAGGGACUUCGUGUUGGAGCUCAACAAGUCUUUGGGUGUGGACCCCAGGAUCGAAAUUUGCAUGCUUCCAGUAGGUGACGGAAUCACUCUCUGCCGUAGGAUCAAGUGAUUGCCUUGUGGGGACAAUCAUGAUCCACCGUUGCUUCGUCAUCCCUCAUGAUAUGGGUCAUUAUUGAGUCGGAGCUAAAGCAUCUAAAGCUUAAAAGCAAUCAAUAUUUUUCGUUUUCCUUUCUGCAAAAUAUGUGCUUCUGUAUUUUUCUCUUAUUGUUGAUAUGGAAACGUGCAAGUGACCUUUUUCCUUAUUUGAUUUAUAUCCACCAACUUGGUCUAUUUCGAAGCCAGUUAACCUUGGUUGAUUAGAAAGAGGAUAUAUGUGUGUUUCCGUGGAAGGAUGGAAUUGAGGGGAAGGAGACCAUGAAUGUGUUUCAAAUAAUAUAUGCUCAAAAUUUUAUUCCUUUUCUCUCCUUUUCUAAUUCUGUAAUAAGGACACAAGUAUUGUAUUUUUUUAAACACAGGUUGUGUUUGAAAAUUUAUAUAUUUAAACGAAAUAUUAGUUAUUUCUAUGAAUUAUAAAGAAACAGAGAUAUGCUUU